UAGUUAAUUCCUUGUUGAACGUCGACGUACGCCGUAUUUGCUUUGCUUUUCUUACUUCAUAAUACGUGAUUUAACACUUUUAUUUUGGUUAUCUGAACCAAGGACUUCUGUGGUUUUAAAAUUGGUAUUUGUGCCUGUAAAGCAAAAAUGAAAGUUGAAGUUAACUGAUAUUGUAGGGUGAUGGAAAUGCUGUGUUUUGUUUUGUUUUGUAAACGACUGGCUUCCGCUGAAACGACUCCUCUGGUUAUACAGGCUCGCUGAACGAUCGCCAUUAUUGUUUCGUUUUCUUUUUCCCUUCAUUUUAAAUGGCCCAGCACUCACAGUAUUGACAUUGAUUAAAGAAGAAUUACAGUAAAAUGAGCGGUGGAGUCACAAACGCUUCCCAGGAGCGGCUCAGCCUGAAGGAGGAUCUCACAUGUGCCAUCUGCUAUGACCUUUUCAACGAUCCUGUCAUGUUGGCCUGCAUGCAUCACUUCUGCAAGAGUUGCAUCGCCACUUACUGGAGGAGCAUCAGGGGUCCUGUAACUUGUCCCCAGUGCCGGCAGGAGUUCCCCACAAAGCAGUUCCAGACCAAUUACCUAGUGGCAGCCAUGGUGGAGAAGGUACGGGCGAGAUCAGCAGACCACCAGGACCGGCAGAAACAGCUGAAAGAUUGUCUAGCCUCUCAUCUCUCGAUGAAGGAGCGCUACAUGGGCAUGAUCCACAAAAGCGAACAGAAAGUACUCAAAAUAAAAAGAACAGGUGCGGAGCUCCAGGGACAGAUACGGAGUGACUUCCAAGCCUUGCACUGCCUCCUGCAGGAAGAGGAGGCUUCCACAUUGGAGCAUCUGAGGAGGGAACAGGAGGAGAUGCUGGGGGAGCUGGGCCGACACCUGGCGAUGCUGCAGGGGGCUCUCGUGGAGGUAGAGGAGAAGAUGCACAAUCUGCAGCAGACCAUGGAUGCAAUGGAGCAGAGGUACCUGCUAGAGACUCCUGAGGUGAAUUUCAGACUGUCUGUUGAGGUGGACAAAGGACCAGGCAUAGACAUAAGCAGUUUUGGUGCAAAAUAUAAAGGUCCGCUACAGUAUAUCGUCUGGAGGAAGAUGUUCAAGCUUUUGAAUCCAGGCCCUGCUCCGCUUACUUUCGAUGAGGAAACGGCCCAUCCGAGUCUUUGCCUUUCCCGGGACAAGACCGCUGUGGUGGAAUGUGACAAGAUGGUCGCCCACAAGCCCAGCCCUAAGAGGUUUGUCCAGUGCAUCAACAUCCUUGGGAGCCAGGGCUUCCAGUCAGGCCGCCACUAUUGGGAGGUGGGAGUGGAGAACAAGACAAAGUGGGAUCUGGGCGUGGCCCUGGAGACUGUGGACCGUGGGGCCCGGGUCAAGCUUUGCCCAGAAAAUGGCUACUGGACCCUCCGGCUGCGGAACAAGACCCAGUACUCAGCAGGAACUCAGCCCUGGACCCCUCUGACCCUGAGGACCUCCCCUCGUACAAUCGGCGUCUUCCUAGACUUCGAGGACCGGAGGGUAUCCUUCUACAACGCAGAUACGAUGCUUAUGCUUUGCUCGUUUAACAAUGGGCCGAAUCAGAAAGCUUUUCCCUUCUUCAGCACCUGUCUCAGUGACCAGGGGCGGAAACCCCAACUGAUUCGACUUGUCCACUUCCCUCUGGAGCCGCUGUAAACCCUGAGCUUAUAAAGGGUGGUGUUUACAGAAAUUGAAGCAUGUGCAAUAGGCAAGACGCAUCUGUAAUGUAUCUGUCUAUGCAAGCACUGUGUUGUACAUAAAUGUAUUAUUUCCAAACUAGACCUGCAUACAUGUAUGCAGGAUGUGGAGGCAAGUGUUGCAGUUUCUUGACGUCUCCCAUGUUUGCAUUCUUCACAUCUUUUAUCCGUAACUCAACAGCAGUUCAUUUGAAGGCUUUUAAAAAAAAAAAAAUUGAAGGAUUAUAGAUCUUAGAUUGAUUUUGACAUUUUGGUUGUAGCUAUUGAUGUCUGCUUAAUAAGCAAGGAGUUCAGACUCUUCUGCAGCCGUAUUCUGCCCAGCAGUAGCUCACUAAUGAGUGACGUAGUUGCACAAUCAUUAAACCAAUAUUAUUGAGAAAUUUCUGAAGAAACACAAGCCAGAAAUGCAGCGUUGUUCCGUUUUUACAGCUCUGUCUUGUCUACGAAGUAUGCAGUAUAGUAAAGCUAAUCAGUUUCUUUUUUUAUCCUUGGAUGGAUUCAUUUCUUUUUUUUAGUUUUUUUUUUUUAUUUUUUUUUUUUUUUUGUCCCGUGACGCAUCUUGUUUUGUCAAUCAUUACGAAAUCUUUACAUGUGAUAUUUUUUUUUUGUGCUGGGAAAAUAUACAAAUGCAAAUCAUAAAGUUCCAUUUAUGCAUAUAUAUUUUUUUCCUUGACAAAUAGCGUUUAUGAUAAUUCCUUGCAGACUCGAUUUGCUUAAUUUGUCACUUUCAAUUUGUUAGCAUUUAUAAAAAGGCAAAGCAUUAGGAAAUUCACAGCACUGUAUUUUGGUGUCACUUGAUUAAAAUAUUGUAAUGCCGUCGUUUGUGAACACACUCACCAUGUGUGAUAAAGAAGACUUCGAUUAUG